GGUGUGCACUCGGGCGAGUUCACGCUUGCUCUUCUCCACCCGCCAGUGAGGUCCUUCGGCACGGAAGACCGGCCCACAGAGCGGCCUGCGCCCCCUAGAGAGGAGGUCUAUGAGUACAUCAUCUUUCGGGGCAGUGACAUCAAGGACAUCACCGUGUGUGAACCCCCAAAAGCACAGCACACGCUUCCUCAGGACCCUGCCAUUGUCCAGUCCUCCCUAGGCUCGGCCUCCACGUCGUCCUUCCAGCCACAUGUGCCUUACAGCCCCUUCCGAGGGAUGCCGCCCUACAGCCAGCUGGCCGCCAGCUCCCUGCUCAGCCAGCAGUACGCAGCCUCCCUGGGUCUGGAGAAGGUGGUCAGCCCUCCUGUCUCGGCCGCCGCCUCCAGCCCCAGCUCCUCUCCAUCGCCUCAGCCCGGGUCAGAGCUGGACAUGUCCUCAGAGCCCCACCAGCUGACUGCCAAGGCUGCUUUUCCAUCCAUCCCGGUCGGCAAGAGCCCCAUGGUGGAGCAGGCUGUGCAGACGGGCUCCGUGGACAACCUGAACAGCAAGAAGCUGUUGCCUAGCAAGGGCUCCGUGGGUGCACAGCUCCACAGUCGCCAGGCCCAGCCCGGCAGCAAGACAGCCAGCGAUGUCGCUCAGUCCGCUGUUGUGCAGAGUCAGGGGCAGGUGAACGACGAGAACAGAAGGCCUCAGAGGAGAAGAUCAGGGAACCGGCGGACGAGGAACCGCUCCCGAGGGCAAGCCCGCCCUGCCGGCACCAAGGAGCACACCAUCAAGUUUGAAGGGGACUUUGACUUUGAGAGUGCAAAUGCUCAGUUCAACCGGGAAGAGCUGGACAAAGAAUUCAAGAAGAAACUGAAUUUUAAAGAUGACAAAGCCGAGCAGGGGGAAGAGAAGGACACGGCAGUGGUGACUCCAAACGACGAGGCCCCCCCUGAGGAAGACCUCCUGGGGCCCAACUGCUACUAUGACAAGUCCAAGUCCUUCUUUGACAACAUCUCCUCUGAGCUCAAGACCAGUUCCAGGCGGACCACGUGGGCUGAGGAGAGGAAGCUCAACACGGAGACUUUUGGUGUGUCUGGUCGGUUUCUCCGAGGACGCAGCUUCCGGGGCGGCUUUCGAGGGGGCCGAGGGGCUGGAACUGCCCGCCGCAACCCAACCACCCACAGAGCCGGGACUGGCCGUGUGUGAGGCUGCAGCCAGGGCUCCUGCAGAGGGCUCAGCAGACACGCAGAGGACACUUGCUGAGGGAGAAGCGGCCACAUCGACUGGUUGUCUUUCCCACUCCUUGCUGGACUGAACUCGGCGUGUCUGGGGGCCUCCGGUGGACUAGGUCUAGUCCCCAUCCUUCCUCGGGAGCACAGCCAGCCCAGGACUCCAUAGUGCAUUUUUCCAGUGGGCAGCGUUACGGCAGCUUUGACUUUAAAUUAAAGUGCAACUGACAUUGGCACAGGUGGCCACCCCGCUUGCCCAGCGUGUCCCCACAGCCCGCCACCCAGGGCCAGCCCAGGGGAUCGUGUCAUAAAGCAAUCUGGGCACCUUGCCAUCUGCAGCACGCCAGGAGGACUGGGCGAGCCCCUCUGGUUAAGGUGGGCCCAAACUUUGCUCUGAGCCAGCAGCACUAGCCUCCACAGGUGGGAUCGGAGCCCAGCCAGGGGGGUCCUCCCUCAUCCACUUAGGAAGUGAGCCCACCCCUCUCAAUGUACAUAGUUCAUGUUUCUGCCCAGGGCAGGCAGGCGAGCAUACAAACUGGUUGCAUGAGCAGGUCAGACUUUAGUGUAGCAUGCAGCCCGAUGACGGGCAUUUUGUUGACGACGAGCACCUUGGUUACAAAACCCCUUCAGUAGCUGUCAAGGCUCCGUUGUAUCUUCUCUCGACUCCGUCGCUGUGAAGCCGACUUCACAGCCAAGGGUUGAGAUACUAGUGGUGGGGUUGCUGUUGGUAGUCAUGUAAAUUGUGAUUAUAAAUAAACAUGCAAAUGUUUUAGUUUCUUCUCAUCCCA